GUCAACUUCUCCAAAAGCCACCUUUUUCCGAAGUCGCUUAGUCCGCACCCGUUCCUCCCUUUUCUCCAAUCGAGCGGGCCUCAAAUCAGUUGUGUUGUGAUUCUUUAGCUCGCGCGCGCACGCGAUGAGUUAAUAAAGUCGCGACAAUAGUGCGCUCAAGUUUGUGUACACACACCGGGAGCGUGUGUGCGUGUGUGUGUGUGUGUGUAGUAUAGUGCGUGCGUGUGUGCGAGUGGCCUGAUAAAAUGUGCUUCCGGUUCGAACCCAAGCCAAAGUGACGCAUGACAUGAGCGACGGUGACACCGAUGCCAAGCUGACGCUGACCUCUACUCGCCCGCUCUCGCUCGCACCAUCGUAUCAUCCCGUGUCCGCCACCACUAGUGGCAUCGGUGUUGGUGGUAGUGGUAGUGGUGUUGGUGGCGGUGGUGUUGGUGGUGCUGGUGGUGGUGUUGUGGCGGUAGCGCCUAUCCUUCUAUCAUCCGGUCCCGAUCUAAUGUCCUGCAGCCCCCGGCAGUGGCAGUCCGACGCAGACGACGCAGCGCGUGCCGAGGACAACGAACCGCGACGACGACAACGACGACGACGGCGACGAAGACAACGAAGACCGCUACCCGUACGGUGCGCCGCCCCCAGUGAAUCGCUCCCCCCGCACACCGAACCGAACCGUUGCUCAUUCUGGCAGCGUUACAGCAAUACCCUACCCCUUCCGCCGAUCAGCAGCAGCAGGCCGCUCCGGAUCAGACGACCACAAGACCGAACGGGGCAGCGGCGACAGCGGCCAUCGUGUGCAACGGCGGUGGAUCGACGGCGCUCACGCGGGCAACGACAACAGCAGCCAACGGUGGCCUUGACCAGCAACAGCAGCAGCAGCAACAACAUCCCGGUAAAGCGCCCAACACCCUUCUGCUGCACUGUUGCUGCGUGA